AUGAGCUUUCUAUUUAGCAGUCGCUCAUCCAAGACCUUCAAGCCCAAGAAGAACAUCCCAGAGGGCUCCCAUCAGUAUGAACUGCUGAAACAUGCUGAGGCUACACUGGGCAGUGGGAACCUGAGGCAGGCGGUCAUGCUGCCAGAGGGAGAAGAUCUGAAUGAGUGGAUCGCAGUCAACACGGUGGAUUUCUUCAACCAGAUCAACAUGCUCUACGGCACCAUAACAGAGUUCUGUACUGAGGCUAGCUGUUCAGUCAUGUCUGCUGGACCCAGAUAUGAAUACCACUGGGCUGAUGGCACCAAUAUUAAAAAGCCCAUCAAAUGCUCAGCACCCAAAUACAUAGAUUAUCUGAUGACUUGGGUUCAAGACCAGCUGGAUGACGAGACACUUUUUCCCUCCAAGAUUGGGGUUCCAUUUCCCAAGAACUUCAUGUCUGUGGCCAAAACCAUCCUGAAGCGCCUGUUCAGAGUUUACGCACACAUCUACCAUCAGCAUUUUGACUCUGUGAUGCAGCUGCAGGAGGAGGCCCAUCUCAACACCUCCUUCAAGCACUUCAUUUUCUUUGUCCAGGAAUUCAACCUUAUCGACCGGCGAGAGCUCGCCCCGCUGCAGGAUUUGAUCGAGAAGCUUGGUUCCAAGGACAGAUAG